AUGAUGGUCGUAAAACCUCCGAAAUUCAGUUCCUGAUAAACCCUAGAAGGAGAUUCUGAUUCGGAGAAAUUGUCGAAGAUCGAAAUGGGAAAUGAGACCAAGAGCAGCGGAGCUUCAAAUUUGGGAGGAGGUUUUAGGGCAAAGAUGGAGCACUAUGUCUACAGUGGUGAAAAGAAGCACGUUUUGGCUGGGAUCGGGAUAAUCACCAUCAUCUUCGGGAUCCCUUGGUAUCUAAUGAAUCAAGGAUCAAAGCAUCGUUCUCAUCAAGAUUACUUGGAAAAAGCUGAUAAAGCUCGAAAAGCGCGACUCUCAUCAUCAUCUUCAUCCUCUGACAAGUAGUCAUCUCCAAUCUUUUUUCUCAGCUGCCCCACUUGGAAACCUUUCUAGUCAAGAUACAUGCCGUGAAUGAUGCAUUCAGUGUUUUUUCAUGUCCAUAGAAACACAUAACUCAGUAACGUCUGAACCAGUGUGGUUUUAGUUCAGAUACGUAUCAUUCACUGUACUCAAGUUUCUAUCAAAUAAAUGAAAGUUUUCUCAAA